AUGGAACCCGCCAAUGGCAUCGACGUCUGGGGCCCUUGGUUCCAGGGUGUUGUCGCUCUCGAGAGCCUGAACCUAACAUCCACGGCCGUGGACCGCGCGAAGCGGAGCAAGGUGGCCAUCGUCGGAGCCGGCAUGUCGGGUCUUAUGACUUAUCUCAUCCUGCACCAGGCUGGGCUCACCAAUGUGACCAUCAUCGAGGGCAGCGACCGCGUCGGGGGACGCGUGCAUACACAGUAUCUAAGCGGUGGCCCGUUUGAUUAUUCUUACCAAGAGCUGGGCGCGAUGCGAAUUCCCAUGACUGUCACCUUGUCCAAUGUCACGUACAACAUUUCAGAGCACCGGCUUGUGUUGGACUUAAUCGAAGAGAUGAACAGGCUCAACAAUGACAAGACAAACGAGAUCAACUUGAUACCGUUCAUCAACACACGUCCUCAUGAGCCUGUUCACGGACACGGCGUCAAGCUAGAGAACGGGUUUGCUUCGACCGACACCCAAACAUCUGCUUCUUCACGCCCGAAUUCGCCGGCCGACGUGCCGCAUUCCGCUUCCGACCUGAAGGACCUCUUGGAGUCAACGUUGCCUGGAGAUGACUUCCUCGCACGCAUGACGGCCAACAUCUUCCAGGCGCACAGUGACUGGAUUGAUCACGGGCUUGCUAAUCUCCCAGGAGACCGAUGGUCGGAGUUCGCAUUUGCGGUCAACCACCUUGGAGCGUCUAUACGUGAUCAGAACGACGUGUUCGAGGGCCUUGGUUCGAACAGUUUUUGGCUCUCCACUUACGACAAAAUCGUCCUGGGCCCUAACACUCAGUACAAAACUAUUGAUGGAGGCAUGAGUCGCCUACCACAAUCGUUCCUCCCACUUGUCGAACCGAUAACCAAGUUCAACCGCAAAGUCGAGCGCAUCGCAUGGAACCAGAGUACCGAGAAGCUCACGUUGAAGUGGAGGCGCCGCUACAACGAAAGCUUUGGUGAAGACGAGGUCGACUAUGCCAUCAUCGCUGCACCAUUCUCCGUCGUGCGUCGAUGGCGACUCCCAGGCAUGUUUCCCCAUACUUUUUAG